AUGGCAUCCUCAGCGUCGCAUCCCUCGGACAAGCGCCGACCCAUUCCCGCGCCCUCGAACCCCGUCCUCCUUGAGAUACAAUCCCAAUGGCUCUUCACCGACGAGGAGCUCGCGCGGACACCCUCGCAGCUCGACGGUAUGAAGCUGGAGGCGGAGAACACAAGUCGCAGUAAAGGGGUCAAUUUCAUUACCCAGGUGGGCAUCAUGCUGAAGCUCCCCCAGCUUACCCUCGCGACCGCCGCCGUCUAUCUCCACCGGUUCUUCAUGCGCUUCAGUAUGGUCGACCUGCCGCAGCGACCCGGAAUGCACCCCUAUCCGAUUGCCGCCACGUCGCUGUUUCUCGCAACCAAGGUGGAGGAGAAUGUCCGGCGCAUGAGGGAACUGGUGGUUGCUUGCUGUCGGGUGGCACAGAAACAGCCGAACUUGGUGGUCGACGAGCAAUCCAAGGAGUUCUGGAGGUGGCGCGAUACUAUUCUACAUCAUGAGGACAUGGUUUUGGAAGCGAUCUGCUUCGAUUUGCAGCUGGAGCAGCCGUACCGCAUUCUGUACGACUUCAUCUGCUUUUUCGGCGUCAACGAGAACAAGCCGCUUCGCAAUGCGGCAUGGGCUUUCGUCAACGACUCCAUGUUCACCGUCCUCUGUCUGCAGUUUCCGGCCCGUAUAAUUGCCGCCGCCGCUCUCUACGCUGCCGCCCGUCAUUGCGACGUGGGUUUUCCCGACGACGAUUCGGACCGACCGUGGUGGGAGCAAAUUGACGUGGAUCUGACCCAGGUGCGUCGCGCGUGUACGAGAAUGGCACAGCUCUAUGAGAACAAUGCCAUGCAAAAACAUAGCCAGUACUACCCGACCACCCCUAUCAUCUCAGACGAGGGUACUGAGAAGACCAGGAUUCCGCGCGCUGGCAGCCCGGCAAACACUCCGCGCGAAGCAGAUCCCGUCAACGGACGGAAGCGGUCCAGAGAGCCCGAGGACGAAGGCAGAGGGCGUUCGGAAUCUCAGAAUCCUCUCGACUCGCAAGAUCAUCACAGCGAUCGAUCCCCUAAGCGACAACGCGUCGGGUCGGAUGCGCCGAUCUCCCCGUCGCAGCAACGACGCUCUUCGCAAUCCCAUACCAACGGCCAUCUUCCUCCUCCACCUGCACAGCAUCGUCAUCCACACCCCCUACCCCCAGCUCCUCGACCCUACUCCCGACGAGAUAGCGACAGUCGACCCGCAGGGAACCCAGCACCGGGAACCUCUGUCGAUCCUAUCCAGCAACGAAUCGAUGAGAUCGUGCAACAAAACAUGUCCCACGGGGCUCCUCCUCCUCCGCCAUCAUCAUCGUCCCGAGACCCUCCACGGUCAGAAAGACGAUCCUCCGAUCGAUACCGCAACGAAUGGGAACACGAUGAUCACCACUCGGACCGGCGCCGUCGUCCCUCAGACGCCGGGAGCAGCGGCAGCAGGAAACCACCACCACCUCCUCCUAACGAUCAGCCUGAACCAGAACAACAGCAACCUCCUCCUCCGCCACCCGAUCAGUAUUAUGACAGUCAACCUACACCACCGCCUCCGCCCCCACCUUCACAAAGCAAUCCUCACAAUCCGGAAGAUAAGGAUGACGAGGGUGGAGGGAGCGAAGAAGGAGAGUUAUAA